AUGCACUCGCGCCAAAAAUACAAAUUGUUGGGUCAGACGUCGUCCCGUGCUUCACAAGACGACGUUGAGUCUGAUGAUGACGCCACAUUCUCGGCACAAGAAUUGGCCUUGACGCGGGCAAGGAAGAUAAUAUACGCACUACUUUUUAUGCUUGGCGUUACUGCCGUUUCUACGGCUCUGCUCUUGACCAGACAGCGGUGCUCUCUCACCUCUCCAAGUUUCUUUGAUCUAGAAACCAACGUGCCGGUGCCCAUUUCCCAUAAUGACCAUACCAUCGAAGACCCUAUGUGGGAUUCUCCCGAGUAUGACUGGUACCUAGGAUGGGUCGCGCUGCAAAACGACGUUGCCCAGUCCAAGGGUUUGCCUACCGCCAUGCACUGGCCCUGGGACAGCUCCAGGAGCAUAUAUAUAUUGCACGGGUUUCACUCUUUACACUGCGUGCCCUUGAAGUUCUUGCUGCGCGACGUCAUAAUGCAGUACCACGAUAACAAGACGCAGACAUGGCCAUACGGACAUGUAACGCACUGCCUACAUGUCCUUCGCGAGGACGUCAUGUGUGCCGCUGACGACACGCCGCGGUAUACGGGGCGGUUGCACGCGCAGGAGAACGAGACCGUGGUGGAAUCAGGGAUAGGCCAGGUUCGCAUGUGCCGCGACUGGAACAAGCUGCGCCAGCACGCUAUUGACAACUCUGCUUGCUACUAUCGUCCUGGCGAUCAUUAUAUUCCGCUGCUGGAUCGCUAUAAGAGGUGUCCGGAUGGGAGCAAGCCGUGGGAGAAGGAGGAAUAG